ACUAUUUUUUCAGUAUUUUUCGAUCAGAGUGAUUCUAGUCGGAAAACGCCAAAAAGGCCACGUACAAUUCUUAAUACACAACAACGAAAAGCUUUUAAGCAAGCAUUUGAGAAAACAUCCAAACCAUGUCGAAAGGUGCGUGAGCAACUUGCAAAAGAGACAAAUUUAAGCGUAAGAGUUGUUCAAGUUUGGUUCCAGAAUCAACGUGCCAAGAUGAAGAAAAUCCAACGAAAACAGCAAGUAACUAAAGGAGAUGGACUUACUAGCUCAGAAAUAGAUGCUAAAUCUAAUGAUGAUCUGAAAUCCAACUGUGACUCCGAUGAUGCACUGGAUUCAGAAAACGAUGAAAUAGAAGUUGAAGAUGUAGGGAUUAGCGAAGAAACAAUUAAGGAAUCUAGUAAUCCUAUCGCGCAGUUAUUUCACAUGCAAACUACGUAUUUCUUGACCUAA